AUGCGCGCGGCCGCGCCGCGGAACCGGCCGCCGGCGUUCCCACUCAGGAGUCCCGCCGCUAAAACCUACCUGCGGGGCUUCGGCAACGAGUUCGAGUCAGAGGCCUUGCCAGGUUCCCUUCCAAGAGGUCAGAACAAUCCUCAGCGAUGCCCCAGGGGGCUGUAUGCAGAACAGCUUUCCGGCUCAUCCUUCACGAUGACAAGAUCCAAGAACCUGAGGUCAUGGCUGUACAGAACCAUGCCCACUGUGGAUGAGGAAGAGUUUGUGCAAGACGACGAGGACGUGUUCAAGCACGUGGCGACCAAGUACGACCACCUUGAUGGAAAUCCAAACCAGGUAUGCUGUGUUGCACCCUUGUUCCUUGUUCCUUGCUUGACUGAUAUUUUACAGCUCCGAUGGAAACCUGCUCCUCUUGCACCCGACGGCACUCCCGUGACUUUUCUGCAAGGGCUGUGGAGCAUUGCUGGGGCAGGGGAUCCAUCAGCAAAGAAAGGCGUGGCGAUCUACAUGUACGCUUGCAACACGUCGAUGAAAGAUGCUUUCUAUAACUCUGAUGGAGAUUUGCUGAUCGUGCCACAAACUGGAUCCUUGAGCAUCCGAACUGAGUUUGGACAGCUUGAUGUCGAGCAAAAUGAGAUCUGCGUCAUCCCUCGGGGGAUCGUCUUCCGAGUGGAGCAGCAGGACAGUGCCAGGGGAUACAUGCUGGAGAGUUUUCAAGGUCACUUCUGCCUUCCUGACCUUGGACCCAUCGGAUCCAACGGGCUGGCAAACGCCAGAGACUUCGAGUACCCAACGGCCAGCUUCGAGGAAGUGCAAGGAGACGUGAAGAUAUACAACAAGUUCUGCGGGAAGCUCUUUAAGAAGAUCAGUCACCACAGCCCAUUCAACGUCGUUGCAUGGCACGGCAACUACCUCCCGUUCAAGUACAACCUCACAACCUUCUGCACGAUGAACACUGUCUCCUACGAUCAUCCAGACCCUUCCAUCUUCACGGUCUUGUCUUGCCCAUCGGAGACAGCGGGAGAGUCUGCUGUGGACUUUGUGAUUUUCCCCCCAAGGUGGAUGGUGGCAGAGGAUACGUUCCGACCUCCGUACUUCCACAGGAACUACAUGUCAGAGUUCAUGGGCAUGAUUUCGGGCAAGUAUGACGCGAAGGUUGGCUUCAGCGCGGGAGGAGCCUCCCUGCACUGCUGCAUGUCAGCCCAUGGACCGGACAGAGAGACGACGGAGAGGGCGGAAGAGGCCGAGAUGUCGCCGGUCAAGUUCGAGGAUGGCCUUGCGUUCAUGUUCGAGACGUCUGCGAUCCUCAAGCCAACCCCUCAAGCCAUGUCCUGCCCCUUCCGCGACACCCAGUACAAGGUGAGAGAUGUUGCCUCUGUGAAGGAAGGCCGUGGACGAUGAUGAGAAGGAAUGCUGGAAGGGGUUCGAGAGGAGAAGUCUGAACCUUUAAGAGGCAAUGUACAACACUCAUGACGAC